AUGGUUGAGAAAAUGAUGCUUUUAGAAAUGGCAUGUCUUGUUUUGUGCCUUUGCAUGUUUGUAAAUGGCACACACCAUAUUGAAGGCAGUGAGGCAGAUGCUCUAUUGAAGUGGAAAGCAAGCCUUGACAACCAAAACAAGACUCUGCUCGCUUCGUGGACUGGUAAUAACCCAUGUCGUUGGGAAGGAAUUGAAUGUCAUCAUGACUCUAUAUCCAUCUCUAAGGUAAAUCUCACCAAUAUUGGACUAAAAGGUACGCUUCACACUCUCAAUUUCUCAUCACUUCAAAAACUCCAUAGUUUAGUUUUAAAAAACAACUUGUUCUAUGGUGUUGUUCCACACCUUAUUCGGGUAAUGUCCAACCUAGACACUCUUGAUUUUUCACAAAACAAUUUCCAUGGUAGUAUUCCCAACACUGUUGGUAAUCUCUCUAGACUCUCCUUUCUUGAUCUUAGUGAGAAUCAUUAUCUCACAGGGAUUAUUCCAUAUGAGAUAGGUAGACUGAGAAAUCUGAAAAUACUUGAUCUUCAUAGUUGUAAUCUCACAGGGACUAUACCAUUAUCAAUAGGAGUGUUGGCCAAUAUAUCAAUUCUCAACUUAUAUGACAACCAACUUUUUGGUCACAUUCCUUUAACUAUUGGAAAUUUAACGAAAUUAAGUAAACUAACUCUUUUCUCAAAUGCUCUUAGUGGAAAAAUUCCACAUUCUAUAGAUAACUUAGUCAAUUUGAAUAUUAUUGACCUUUCACAGAAUAAAUUCUCUGGAUCAAUUCCUUCCACUAUCAGAAAUUUAACGAGAGUAAAUGUUUUAUAUCUAUUCUCAAAUGAUUUCAUGGGACAAAUUCCAUCUUCUAUAAGUAACUUGGCCAAUCUGUAUUCCGUUUUGCUUCAUGACAAUGAACUCUCUGGACCAAUUCCUUCCACUAUUGGAAAUUUAACAAAACUAAGUGCAAUAUCUUUUUCCUUAAAUGCUCUCACCGGACAAAUCCCACCUUCCAUAGGUAACAUAGUCAAUUUAGAUUUUCUUCAUCUUUCACAAAAUAAAUUGUCUGGACGGAUUCCUUCCACCAUCGGAAAUUUAACAAAACUAACUACAUUAUCUCUUUUAUCAAAUGCUCUCACUGGAAAUAUUCCAACUGAAAUGAAUAGACUUACAGAUUUGGAAUCACUCCAGUUAGCUUACAAUAAUUUCAUAGGUGAUUUACCUCACAACAUUUGUGUUGGUGGGAAGUUGAUUUAUUUUAGUAUUAAUAAUAACCAAUUUACGGGCCUAAUUCCAUAUAGUUUAAGAAAUUGCUUUAGCCUUCAAAGAGUUAGACUUGAUCAAAACAGAUUAACUGAUAAUAUAACAAAUGGGUUUGGUGUGUAUCCGAAUUUGGUCUACAUGGAAUUAAGUAAUAAUAAUUUUUAUGGACAUCUAUCAUCAAAUUGGGGAAAGUGCAAGAAUCUCACAAGCCUUAAAAUCUCCAAUAACAAUUUAACAGGAACCAUACCACCAGAAUUGGGUGAUGCAGUUAAUUUAGGUGAACUUAACUUGUCUUCAAACCAACUUACUGGAAAAAUUCCAAAGGAGCUAGGGAACUUAUCUUUUUUGUACAAACUCUCGAUAAGUAACAAUCAUCUUUCGGGAGAAGUUCCUGUAGAAAUUGCAUCAUUGCGUGAACUAACUUCCUUGGAGCUUGCAACAAAUAAUUUAAGUGGCUUCAUCCCUGAAAAACUUGGAAGGUUGUCAGCAUUAUUGCAGUUGAAUUUGAGUCACAAUAAGUUUGAAGGAAACAUUCCUGAUGAUUUUGGCCAAUUGAAAGUUAUUGAACAACUUGAUCUAAGCAAGAAUUUUUUAAAUGGAACCAUACCAUCGAUGUUGGGACAAUUAAAUUAUUUAGAAACAUUGAAUCUCUCACACAAUAAUCUUUCUGGUACCAUUCCCUUGAGCUAUGGUGACAUGUUAAGCUUGACAAAUGUUGAUAUAUCAUACAAUCAAUUGGAGGGUCCAGUUCCAAACAUUCCAGCCUUCCAAAAUGCCUCAUUUAACCAACUCAGAAAUAACAAAGGCUUGUGUGGUAAUGUCUCUGGCCUUAAGCCUUGCUCAACAUCAGGUGGAAACUAUCAUAGUCAUAAGAAUAACAAAGUCUUGGUGCUUGUUUUACCCCUCACUCUAGGCACAUUAUUGUUAGCAUUGUUUGUUUUUUGGAUCUCAUAUCAUCUAUAUCAAAUUUCAAGAAAAAAAGAUUUAAAGGCUCCUGAAGAAUCAGACAAUGUAAAUCUUUUUUCUAUAUGGAGUUUUGAUGGGAAAAUGGUGUAUGAGAAUAUUAUUGAAGCCACAGAAGAGUUUGACAACAAGCAUCUCAUUGGAGUUGGAGGGCAUGGAAGUGUUUACAGAGCUGAAUUGCCCACAGGUCAAGUUGUUGCUGUGAAAAAAAUCCAUUCAUUACAAAAUGAAGAAAUGUCCAAUCUGAAAGCUUUUGAGAGUGAGAUUCGUGCUUUGACAGAGAUUCGACAUCGGAACAUUGUGAAGUUAUAUGGGUUUUGUUCACAUUCACUACACUCAUUUUUGGUUUAUGAAUUCUUGGAAAAGGGUAGCAUGGACAACAUUUUGAAGGAGAAUGAAACAUCUGGUGAAUUUGAUUGGAAGAGGAGGGUGAAUGUCAUUAAAGAUGUUGCAAAUGCUUUAUCUUAUAUGCAUCAUGAUUGCACACCUCCCAUUGUUCAUCGUGAUAUAUCCAGCAAGAAUGUUAUUUUGAAUUUGGAAUAUGUCGCUCAUGUUUCGGACUUCGGAACAUCUAAGUUUCUAAAUCCCAAUUCAUCCAAUAUGACUUCUUUUGCAGGAACGUUUGGAUAUGCAGCUCCAGAACUAGCAUACACAAUGGAAGUAAAUGAAAAAUGUGAUGUGUAUAGUUUUGGAAUAUUAACUUUAGAGAUACUUUUUGGGAAGCAUCCGGGAGAUAUUGUAACUUGUUUGUGGCAACAAUCUUCAGAAAGUGUUAUGGACCUCACACUUGAUACUUUUCCAUGGAUGGAGAAGUUGGACCAGCGUCUCCCAUAUCCCAGAAACAAUGCUCAAAAGGACGUGAGUUUGAUGAUAAGGAUAGCAAUUUCAUGUUUAACCGAAAGUCCAAGAUCUCGCCCUACCAUGGAGCAGGUCUGCAAAAAGCUUGUAAUGUAA